AUGGAAGCGGGCCCCAAGCCAGGAGGAAAUGCAGGGAGACCUCUAGAAGCUAGAAAAGGCGUUCAUGAUGUGCUGAGCAAUGAAAAACCUUCUGGUUAUAUGCGGGAGCACAGGCAAUUAAAUGGCUGGUCAUCAGAUGAAAAUGACUGUAAUGAAAAACUCUAUCCAGUGUGGAAGAGGGGAGACUCGAGGUGGAAAAACUCUUGGAAAGGAAGCCGUGCGCAGGCACUUCUGACCAGUGAUGCACCACCACUUGUGGGCUCAACUCUAACAUUCGCAGUGAACCUGGUAUUCCCCAGAUGCCAACAGGAAGACGCCAGUGGCAACACAGUCUAUGAGAAGAACUGCAGAAAUGAUACUGGUCCAUCUCCUGACCCAUGUGUUUACAACUGGACAGCAUGGACAGAGGACAGUGACUGGGGAAAUGGCACCAGACAAGGCCAUCACGGGAAGCCUUUCCCUCACCCCGCAAAAUGGAAUUUCGUCUAUGUGUUCCACACACUUGGUCAAUAUUUCCAGGCAUUGGGACAGUGUUCAGUGAGAGUUUCUAUAAAUACAGCCAAUGUGACGCUUGGCCCUCAAAUCAUGGAAGUAACUGUCUAUAGAAGACACCGACGGGCAUACGUUCCCAUAGCAAAAGUGAAAGAUGUGUAUGUGGUAACAGAUCAGAUUCCUGUAUUUGUGACUAUGUCCCAGAAGAACAAUCGAAAUUCAUCUGAUGAAACCUUCCUCAAGGACCUCCCCAUUACGUUCGAUGUCCUGAUUCAUGAUCCCAGCCACUUCCUCAAUGAGUCUGCCAUUUACUACAAGUGGAACUUUGGGGAUAAUACUGGUCUGUUUGUUUCCGACAAUCACACUUUGAACCACACCUAUGUUCUCAAUGGAACCUUCAGUCUCAACCUCACUGUGCAAGCUACAGUGCCUGGACCUUGUCCUUCACCUUCACCCAGACCUCCAAAAACCACCCCUUCUUUGGACUCUCCAGUACCUGCUGGUGACAAUACCCUGGCGCUGAGGGAGAUUCCUGAUAAAAGCUGCCAUAUUAACAGAUGCGGCUACUUUAAAGCCACCAUCACAAUUGUAGAGGGAAUUCUGGAGGUUAACAUCAUCCAGGUGACAGAUGUCCUGAUGCCCGUGCCACAGCCUGACAACCCCCUGGUGGAUUUCGUCGUGACCUGCCAAGGGAGCAUCCCCACAGAGGUCUGUACCGUCAUCUCUGACCCCACCUGCCAGGUCACACAGAACACAGUCUGUGACCCUGUGGACAUGGACCUGGGCAACAUGUGCUUGCUGACAGUGAGAAGAACCUUUGGUGGGUCUGGGACAUACUGUAUGAAUGUCACUCUGGGUGAUGAUGCAAGCCUGGCCCUCACGAGCACCCUUGUCUCUAUCCCUGGAAAAGACCCAGACUCCCUUUUAAGAAUGGCAAAUGGUACCCUGGUCUUCGUUGCCUGCAUGGCCGUAUUUGUCACUGUGAUCGCCCUUUUGGUGUACAAAAAACACAAGGAAUACAAACCAAUAGAAAACAGCACUGGGAUCGUGGUCAGAGGCAAAGGCCUGAAUGUUUUUCUCAAUUUUGCAAAGAUGCUCUUCCCCAGAAACCAGGAAGAAGAUCCACUGCUCAAGAACCAACCGGGAAUUCUUUAAAUCUUCUGCCUUACUUCUGACCAAUAGCU